AUGGAAAAACUGAAAACAAACAUAGUCUGCAUCCGUCUGAGUAGGGUUCAUGUAACAGUGGUAGUUUCACCAGAACUCUGCCGAGAAUUUCUGCAUAAACAUGAUUCCGUUUUCAUGUCAAGACCUAUAACCAUGGCUACUGAAUAUGCAAGCCGGGGAUACUUGACAAUGGGACUUUCUCCAUGGGGAGAACAGUGGAAGAAAAUGAAAAGGAUUGUCGAUCAGGAGUUGUUUAGUCCAACCAGACUUCGGUGGCUACUUAACAAGAGGAAUGAAGAAACUGAUAAUCUUGUUUACUAUAUAUUCAAACGGUGCAAUAAUCUAGAUGGAUCAGUAAUUAAUCUGCGUUUACCAAUAAAACAUUAUGGACCAAAUGUAAUCAGAAAGAUGACUUUUAGCAGAAGAUUCUUUGGGGAAGGUGGAGAAAAUGGAGGACCAAGUUUUGAAGAAAAGCAACAUAUUCAUGCUCUUUAUACAGUGCUCAAACACACGUUUGCGUUUUGCAUAUCAGAUUACGUGCCCUGGUUGAGAUGUCUAGAUAUUGAUGGCCAUGAAAAGAAUGUAAGGAACUCCAUGAACGUUUUUGACAAAUACCAUGAUCCAAUUAUAGAAGACAGAAUCAAACAAUGGGAAGAUGGUAAGAGAAAGGAGGCAGAGGACCUUCUUGACAUUAUGAUAACGCUUAAGGAUGAAAGUGGGAAGCCACUUCUGUCGAUAAAUGAGAUCAAAGCUCAAUGCAGUGAGUUCUUUUUUGGCGUAGAUGGUCCUGCGGCAGGAGCAGAAUGGGCGCUGGCAGAAAUGAUUAAUCAACCUGAGAUUCUCCAAAAGGUAGUCGAGGAAAUAGACAGGGUUGUAGGGAAAGACCGAUGGAUUCAAGAAUCAGAUGUUCACCAAUUAAAUUAUUUGAAGACAUGUGCAAGAGAAGCUUUCAGGCUGCAUCCUCACGUUCCGUUCAAUUUGCCGCACCUGUCAUCAACAGACAUGGAAGUGGGUGGGUACUUCAUUCCGAAAGGCAGCCAUGUCUUGUUGAGCCGAAUCAGACUGGGUCGUAACCCUGAGACCUGGGAAGAACCCUUGAAAUACAAUCCAGAGCGGCAUUUGGGUGGAAAUGUCAGUAAAGUAGAUUUCUCAGAACCAAACUUGAGGUUCUUGACUUUUUCUACUGGUAAGCAUGCAUGUACGGAACAUAGUGUUGGUACACUUUUGACUAUAAUGGCAUUGGGAAGGCUGAUUCAAGGGUUCACAUGGAGCCUAACACCCAAUGAGCACUACAACAAAAUGGACCUUUUAUGGUGUGCAUUGCGUGCUAUAAAAGCCUGUUUAUGGCAUGCGGCCACAUGCCGUAUAAAGCAAUGCCGUAAAUAG